UCCGCUUCCCUUCUGUGCUUACCAUGCUUCUCCCUCAUUUUCCCCCAAACAGCACAAAAAGAGAAAACAAUAGGGAAAAAGGAGAGAGAAAGAGAAAAUCCUAGAGAGAGAGAGAUAGAGAGAGAAACUUCGCUGCCGGCGAUACUCACACACACGAAUCGCACGGUGGUAAAGUAAUGUGCAGAAAAUUUUUUCACUGAGCAACACACCACUGAUCGUCGCCAGAAAAAUGCAUUGAUUCCGGAGCCUACUUGCAUUCACACACAUCACCACAUAAAGAAAAAAAAAAUGCGCGAAGCACUUAUUUGUGAUGACGCCGGCGACGUUUUCUCCAAGCCGUCGCCGUUGCCGGCGGUUGUAGUCGCCGGGAGAAGCCGGCCCCAAGGUGGAACCCGAAGAGUGACGCCGACCAGCCUUACCAUCGUAACCGACGGCGGAUCUGUGGUGGAGAAGAUUCUUCCGAACGGCGAUUUCUACGUCGGGAGCUUCUCCGGCAACGUGCCUCACGGAUCGGGGAAAUACUUGUGGACGGACGGGUGCAUGUACGAGGGAGAGUGGAAGCGCGGAAAGGCUUCGGGGAAAGGCAAGUUUUCGUGGCCAUCGGGUGCGACCUAUGAGGGUGAGUUCAAGUCGGGUCGGAUGGAAGGGUUCGGUACGUUCGUGGGAUCCGAUGGAGACACGUAUCGCGGGUCGUGGAGCUCCGACCGCAAGCACGGGUUCGGGCAGAAGCGUUACGCGAACGGGGAUUUAUACGAAGGGUGGUGGAAGCGAAACGUGCAAGACGGGCACGGGCGUUACGUUUGGAAGAAAGGGAACCAGUACAUCGGGGAGUGGAAGAACGGCGUUAUUUCCGGUAAGGGUGAGCUCGUUUGGGCUAACGGAAACCGUUACGAUGGGCCGUGGGAGAACGGGGUCCCAAAGGCACAUGGAGUCAUGAAGAUGCAGCAUUGUUUGAGUUUGAAGGGUAAUAAUGGGUUGCUAUUUGGUGAUAAUUUUGGCGUAACGAUGAGGAAGAGGUCUUCGGUGGAUGGUUCAUCCAGAGGGAGUGUGAACGAGAAGAGUUUUCCCAGGAUUUGUAUAUGGGAAUCGGAGGGUGAAGCUGGUGAUAUAACUUGCGAUAUUAUUGAUAAUGUGGAGGCGUCCAUGUUCUAUCGGGAUGGAACGGCGUCGGAUUCUGAUGAGUUGUUUCGGCGGAACCCUUGUUGUUUCUCGGCUGAUGUUAAGAGACCGGGUCAAACGAUUUCCAAGGGGCAUAAGAAUUAUGAUUUGAUGCUUAAUCUGCAAUUAGGGAUAAGGUACUCUGUUGGGAAGGAAGCCUCGGUGUUGCGAGAACUUAAACAGAGUGAUUUUGAUCCGAAGGAGAAGUUCUGGACCAGGUUUCCGCCUGAAGGAUCCAAGAUUACGCCGCCCCAUCAAUCUGCGGAAUUUCGAUGGAAGGAUUACUGCCCUGUGGUUUUUAGACAUUUGAGGAAGCUGUUUCAGGUGGAUCCUGCUGAUUACAUGUUAGCUAUAUGUGGGGAUGAUGCCCUCAGGGAGCUUUCCUCUCCCGGUAAAAGUGGAAGCAUCUUCUAUUUGACCCAAGAUGACAGAUUCAUGAUAAAGACAGUGAAGAAAUCUGAAGUCAAAGUGCUUAUUCGGAUGCUUCGAAGUUAUUACCAACAUGUGUCUCGAUACGAUAACUCACUCGUGACAAAAUUCUACGGGGUACACUGUGUCAAACCAAUUGGAGGCCAGAAGAUCCGGUUCAUUGUGAUGGGCAAUCUUUUCUGCUCCGAAUAUCCAAUUCAUAGACGAUUUGAUUUAAAAGGAUCUUCAUAUGGCCGUACAACAGAUAAACCUGAGGAUGAGAUCGAUGAAACUACCACCCUCAAGGACCUUGAUCUCAAUUUUGUGUUUCGUGUACAAAGAAAUUGGUUUCAGGACCUCAUAAAACAAAUUGAGAGGGAUUGUGAGUUCUUGGAAGCAGAGAAAAUUAUGGACUAUAGUCUUUUGGUUGGCCUUCAUUUUCGGGAUGAUGACAAUACAUGUGACAAAAUGGGAUUGUCACCAUUUCUAUUACGCACUGGCAAUCGGGAAUCUUAUCAGAGUGAAAAGUUCAUGCGUGGUUAUCGCUUUCUUGAAGCAGAGCUACAAGAUAGGGAUCGAGUUAAAUCUGGAAGGAAAUCAUUAAUUAGGCUAGGAGCCAAUAUGCCAGCAAGAGCAGAACGAAUGGCUCGGAGGAGUGAUUUUGAUCAAUACACCACUGUUGGAAUCAGCCAUUUGACCCCUUGUUGCAGUGGGGAGACUUAUGAUGUCGUUCUAUAUUUUGGGAUUAUUGACAUUUUGCAAGAUUAUGACAUCAGCAAGAAGCUUGAGCAUGCUUACAAGUCCUUGCAAGUUGACCCUACUUCAAUUUCUGCUGUGGAUCCAAAGCUCUACUCGAAGAGGUUUCGUGAUUUUGUGGGGAGAAUAUUCAUUGAAGACAGGUAGCCUUUAGUACAAAAUGAGGCUGCAAUAUUUCUUCACGAAGGUUAAAAUUCCUCAUUGAUCAGAACAUCCAAGAAAAAUAGCUGGAAGUUUGAAACCUCGGCAGAGUCUUGGAGUUGACUGGUUAACAUGCUACUCUCUGGUCAAGCGACUGGCAGAACUCCCGAAAUUGGGGUUUGUUUUAUGGCUGAAUUUUAAAGUUAUAGCCAUGAUGAUGGUAUGCUGAAGGACGGGAAAACUUGUACAUGGAAGUUGGGUGAAGUUCUUUUUUUUUUUUUUUUGUUUUUUUUUUUGGGUUCUGGAAAUUGGGUGGGAUUUAUUAAAUUUUGUGGUUACUAGAUAGAAUAGAAUAUGAAUAUGAUGGGAAAGAUAGGAAGAGGGGACAAAGUGGAAUGUUUCCCUGAGCUUAGAUCUAAAAUGCGUGGAUAGUUGGGAAUAAAUAAAAUGUAC